AUGGCCGACACCGCCGAUAACCAAGCGACCGGCAACACCGAGACGGAAUCGAACCAGAGAAUGCCUCAUGGAGAGAGUGCCUUACCACCCGCUGAUCAUCCCAUAUGGGGUGAGGCGCAAUUGAUGGAUGGCAUUUCCCUAAAAGGGAAAUCUUAUGUCUUCAAUGAACGGGCCAGGGCUCUCAGACGGCCCGCGAACGUUUACGGGCACAACGGAAUCCAGGUUGGGGCCUGGUACCCUUUCUACGUUAACGCCCUACUAAAUGGGGCCCAUGGACACCCUGUCAAGGGAAUCUUUGGGACGCACCAGGGAGUAAUAUCUCUGGUUUUAUCGAACGCUUAUUCUGGUGAGGAUGGGUACGAUGCCGACGACGGAGACGUGAUUCGGUACGUCGAGAUGGGCGCACACAAGGUCACGCCCUUGACGCAGAACGCUCAUGACAGGGCGAGGGAGAACCUUUCCCUCUCUGCCUCCUACGAGUAUGGAAAUCCGAUUCGAGUUUUGCGUUCAUACAAGGCGGGAGGCCCAUGGGCGCCCUCCGUAGGCCUGAGAUACGACGGCCUAUACAAGAUCGUUGGUGUAAGGGGGUAUGUUAACGAAAAAGAAGGAAAAUAUUUCCAGUACCGUCUGGAACGUGUGGCCGCCCAAACACCCCUCAACGAUUUAGCCACCAUCCCUUCAGAAGACCAGGUGGCAUCCUAUCGGCAAAUCAAGGCCGGGUAUUGA